GAAACUACACAGCGUCGUUCUUGUGCAACUCUCAGUUUCUCUCUCUAACACGCGAAACCCUAACCCUAGAGUCUGGAAGCCUCUCCCAUGGCGUACCAGACCCCAGAUCAAGAUUCAGAUCCCGAAUCCAAGAACCAAACCCGCCUCUACAACCCCUACAAAGACCUCGAAGUCCCCAUUCGAAACCUCUACCAGCUCCCAACCUCCCCCGAGUACCUCUUCGACGAGGAGGCUCGCCGUAAGCGACGUUCCUGGGGCGAGAACCUCACCUUUUACACCGGCUGCAGCUACCUCGCCGGUGCCGUUGGCGGAGCCGCCGUUGGCCUCGUUGACGGCGUCAAAUCCUUCGAGUCCGGAGACACCAUGAAGCUCCGAAUUAACAGGGUCCUGAACUCCUCCGGACAUUCGGGUCGGGCGUGGGGUAACCGCCUGGGUAUCAUCGGGUUGCUUUACGCCGGCAUCGAGAGCGGGAUUGAGGCGGCGAGGGACACGGAUGAUGUGUGGAACAGCGUGGCGGCGGGGCUCGGCACCGGCGCAUUGUAUCGAGCGGCGAGAGGGGUGAGAUCGGCUGCGGUGGCGGGUGCAGUUGGCGGAGUGGUGGUUGGAGUGGCUGUCACGGCGAAGCAGGCGUUGAAACGUUACGUGCCUAUAUGAGAACAUCACUUUUUGUGAGUUUUCAUAUUUUAUUUCAUUUUUAGUGGUUACUAUCAAUUUUGAGCUAUUAUUGAGGUAUAAAGUAUUAUACCUGUAUGUGGCAGUGCUGCUGUUGCAAACAAUUGUGUUUACUGCAUAUUUUUUGUUCAGCUUGAUAAUGGCUAACCUUUCUAAUGUAAUUCGUCGAAUCAUCUUUAAUGAAUAAUUGAGACCGCUUUAAUGCUGGAUAUAGUAUAAAAAUUAUUCUUCCCCUGCCAGUGCAUGGGAAUGGAAGAUUUGUGUAAACGGUGUUGUACAAUAAUGUUGUGAUAUAUGAUUUGAUAGAAGCUGAGUGGUUAGUUUAC